CGGACAACAGUCUUGACAACUUACAUGCAUAUAGGGAAGAGUGGCAGUGCCGGACACUUUGACUUAGAUGUUUACCAACACAGUACAGCCGAACAUCAUCUCUCUAUUCUCUUCUACGAGUAGCGAACCUCUUUCCCUGUUUUCACAGCAGACAGAUGAGUCUCUUGCUGCCGAUUCGUUCAUCCAUUUUCUCAAUGAUGCGUCAUCGCUACCACCUCCGUCUCCGCCUGCUGUUCUCUGCUCGAUGCCGGCACUCGAUGAUCGUGAUGAACUAAAUAUUGGCUAUGGCCUGUAUCAGACUGUCCUUCAUAUCCAGUCCCCAACUCUCCGGAUGACUUUCAUCCGGUCUCCACCUAUUACAGAUCCCGGUGACAGGGAUUUGGGCUUAAAGCAUAAAUGGCUUCAUUUGCAAGUCCGAAACGUGGGCAGGGAGUGGUCUUUCGACAUAGGUAUCGUCGACAAGUCAGGGAGGCGCGGUGUAGUUCGCUGUUCAACAUUUCAGGUGCAUGACGUUUAUGAUUUCCCCCGUUCUUCAGAAUCGAUCUUCGAUGCAGACCAUAGUGUAAUAUAUGCCCAUCUACUGACAUCUUCUUAUCAGAAGGAACCCAAACUUGCAAUAUCUCCUGUUCCGAAUGCGCAACCUGUCCUUCAUCUACCUCUUUCAUUUCCACAGCCCUCGUCUCGUCCCUUGACAGCAUGGUCCACAAUUACGCUUAACCUUCCGUCCUUGAUACCCCACUUUAGCACACUCGCUGGCAUGCAUCAGCUCGAUGACGGCGAAGGCGGCCGCCAUGACAUCAAUCGUCCAGUAACACUUUCAGCGAUAAAUACCCCUGUCCCUAGUGGGACAUAUUCGCACUUGUCGUACAUCAAGAUUUAUGCGACAUGUCGUUUACGAAGAAUAUGGUUAAGUGAUCUUCUCUCAGACUCCCAAGUGCCAUGGGAAUUUGAACUAUAUGGGACUUAGAUGGAUUAUGUGGUUGCGCAGUCAUCUGUUAGAUUGCGCGAUGAUGUGGUGAGCCCAAUGUGAGACGGGUGACCGAGUCUAGUGAUGAUAACACGUUUCCUAGAUAUAUGCUUUAUCUGUGUUAA